AUGGUAAGGUUGAUCCUUCUCGGCCGCACCCAAGAUGCUGAGCGUGAUGAUUCCGCCAUCUGGCGCAUCUCAGUCGUCAUGCCAUCUAUUACCCCCUCCCCUGAUCGUCGUGUAAGCUCGCUUGCGAGUAAACAAAACCCCAUAGCCAAGGGCAGAAGAACCAACGGGUAA